AUGCGAACUGAAGACUCACGAUAUCUUCAAUUACUUGAACGACUUCGUCAAGGUCAAUGUAGUUAUGAAGAUUGUGAAUUAUUAUUGACGUGCAUUGUUGGACAGUCAUCAGUAUCUCUUCAUGAACCACCAUGGAAUCAAGCUCCCAUGCUUGUGUUUAGAAAUGAAAUACGAACGCAACUGGAUCACAGAUCGACAAUUCAUAAUGCAAUACAAACAGGUUGCGAUCCAAUGGUGUGUGUUGCCCAGGACUUUUGUAAAGGCAAACCUGUGGAAGAGCCGACAUUCCUUAAGAAAUUAUUGGAAUUAUCCGACAGNUUCUAUGUCAAAGAAUAA